UGAACAUUUUCCUUAGUCAGAAUAGUUAGAGACUCGACCGUUUGAGGUUUCUUUAAAUCAUUUUAUCACUUAAAAAAAUAUACUAGCCACAAAAUACGUAAAUGAUAAUAAUGUUUUUUUUCAAUUUUUGUUGUGUUGACGAGAACGGAGAAUAAUUAAAUUAAGUGAUUUUAUUAAUAUGCAUUCCACUGUCUAAGUUAAUGAAAAGAAAUAAUUUAAAUUCAUCCACAAAACACUUGUCAUUACGUUUUUUGUAACAGUCAAAUAUUGUAGUUGUAGUAACAGUAUAACAGUACUGGUAUUUGAUUAUAAAUUAAUUGUGUUAAGGUAACUAAUAAACAAUGGACGCAUGUUUGGCUGUUGAUCACGAGGUUGAUAAAGUUUUGUCAAAAUUUGGAGACAUACGUCGAAGCUAUAGUGAUGGAUUACAGGAUUUAAUUGAAAAUUUGGAAAAUAUUAAAAAUAAUUUGCAGACAAAUAAUACAAAUGAUGAAAUUUGUAAACCAUCAAUGGCUCAAAUAAAAGAAAUUAUUGAUAAAUCAAAAGAUGAAACACAAAAAUUAGCUGUUGAACACAGAGAAUUACAUAGUACUGUAUCUAAAGUUGGAAAAGCAAUUGAUAGAAAUUUUGUGGCUGACUUUGCUGCAACAUGUAAAGACGAUAUUUUUUCUAAACCAGAAAAUACUGUUUAUCUUAACCAAAUUGUUUGUCAACAUUUCUAUAGACAAGGCAUGAAUGAUAUUGCUGAAGAGCUUCUAAAGGAGUCUGGAACAAUAAUGGAACCAAAUUUCAAAGAACCAUUUAUUAAAUUGAACUCUAUAAAAGAAUCAUUACAAAAAAAAGAUAUUUAUCCAGCUUUAGAAUGGGCAAAAGAAAAUCGUACAGUAUUAGAAAAUCAGAUGUAUCCACCAUAUCCCUUGAUUAAAAGAUUUUCAACAGCUUCCCAAUUACCUAUAAGAAUUCCAUAUCAUAUCAAACGAAACAAAUUUUCUGGAGGUAUAAUGAAACCUAGGCCAAAAACAAAAAAAAUCAAAAGAUUAGAAUUGGCAAAAAAAAUUUUGCAACAGUUUUAUACUAGCUCUUCUCUUGAGUUUAAGUUACAUCAACUUGCAUUUUUAACAAUUAUUCAAAAAGGAGUUGAACAUCAAACGGAAGCUGUUGCAUAUGCUCGAGCUAAUUUUAGUCAAUUUGCUGACAAAUAUGAAAAAGAAAUUCAAACUAUGAUGGGUAUGCUGUUGUUUGUGCCACAAGGAAUCAAUAAAUCUCCUUAUUCAGAUAUUAUUAAAGAUAAUUUGUGGGACGAGGUCAAUGAAUUGUUCACUAGGGAUGCUUGUACACUACUUGGUAUAAGUUUUGAUAGCUUACUGAAUGUCAGUAUCAAUGCUGGUUGUGCUGCCUUGCCAGCUCUUUUAAAUAUUAAACAUGUCAUGACACAACGUAAAGUAGGUGAUAUCUGGAAAGGAAAAGAUGAAUUACCAAUAGAAAUUGAUUUAGACACUGACCAUCGAUAUCAUUCAAUGUUUGCUUGUCCUAUUCUUAGACAACAAAGUUCAGAUUCCAAUCCACCAAUGAGACUUAUUUGUGGGCAUAUUAUAUCAAAAGAUGCUUUGCAAAAGUUAGGAACUACCAAUAAAUUGAAGUGUCCUUAUUGUCCAAUGGAACAAAGUUCAUCUGAAGCUAAACAUAUUUGUUUCUAAUGGUUUCAGCUGAUUUAAAAUCGUAAAGUGUUUGGUAUUGUUAUCUUUAAUUAAAAAAUCCGUGAUAACAAUUUAACUUAAAAAAAUAAAUAUGUAGUUUUGUGACUUUUUACUAUUAGACAUUAGUAAACAAAAAUAUUAGAAGUGUAAGACUACUCAAUUCAAUUCAAUUUUAAAUGGUUAUUCUAACUAUGUAAACCAAUAAUUUU